AUGGUACGUGAGGCACAGGGUGGCGGAUCGUGCUUCUCUUCUCUUGGUGGUGGUAACAAGGACAAGUCUCUGAACCGUACGGAGACCAACCGUGGUAACGAGCUGCACCGCACCACGUCCUCUUUCCAGGGCUCGGUGGCGGACAGCAUGCGCUACUCGGACAACCGCCGCGUGGCUGACCCUGACCGCCUCACUGCCUCGCAGGUGCACAAGUCGAAGACCCUUGAGGACCGUAUCAGGCAGGCUGAGCGUGAGAACCGUGCUCGUGCGUAA